AUGGCCUCGUCAGUUCCGACUGACCAGCGCAUACGGUCCGAAGACUCUUGGGUCGAGAUCUCUUCCCAGCCAUCGUCCUCAUCCCUCUCUUCCAUCGGCGAAGAAGUCAUUACAGCAGGUCUAAGAGUACAGAACGAUCCAAGAACUCGUCGAAGACGGACAUUCCGGCAGAACGCUCCAACCAGGUUGGGGAUAUCUCGCGAACCCUCAAGUGGAGGAGGGGCCAGCAGUCAGGAAGAGUAUGAGGAGAGCGAGAGCGAGUCGGACAAGAUCAUGACGUCUUCAAACGAAGGGCCGAUCAUUCCAAGCAGCGUCUCCAGCAGACCAAGCCUAGGCCUGAACUCGGAAUCCUCUGACGAUGACGAGAACCGAACAGCGAUCAAUCAGCCGAUACGCAACGAAGAAUGCUUCACACCACAACCUAACGCCUUCACGCAUCCGCCUAGUGGACAGUCACGCACUUCGAGCCAGCAAGUGUCUGGGUCCUAUUUUCCAUCGCAGCGGCGAGAAUCCCGAUCGUUCCAGCGACCGUCGUUGGCGCCGAAUACAGAGACUCGACGCUCGAGUCACCUGCCGCAAAACAUACUAUUUCCUGCUCACGAUGCAUCAGCUCAUGACGAGGCUCUCCGGACUAGCCUCUCAACGCUCCUUUCUUGUGCUGCCGCUGCUCGCAAUCUAGGCAAACCGGACAAUAAGCGAAACACUACUGCGGCUACACAACAACAGCCGCGCAGCAACCGCAUCGAUCCAAUGUCUUUCCGCCUAGUACCCGAAUCUGCACUCCAAGCCCGCUCGCCACCACAGCUCCAGGAACCCACCUUCCACCCCACAUUUCGGCGUCACUCAACAUCGACGUCUACCUCAACCGAUCAGCACAAAGACACCAAGCGGAAAGCAGCCAGCGGCCGGAGUUCCAGUCGUGAGCGGCGCGCCUUGAAGAAGGCACGACGCACAUCUCCCAGCGAGGACCUGCAUGUCUCCCCCACGCUGCUAACGUGGGUUGUUUCGGCAGGUGUUGUGGUGUUCUUGAGUGCCUUGAGUUUCAGUGCUGGGUACAGCAUUGGCAAAGAGGCGGGGAGGCUUGAAGCUGGCUCGUUUGCUGCAGACGAGCAGAUUAGGUCGUGUGCGAGGGAGGCAGGGCGGUCAAGUUUGGGAUUGAAGAGGAGUUUGGCGCGAACUGCUGUGCAAGCUUGA